AUGGGGGGAGAGAAGAAGAAGAUCGUUGCCGUGCUGCCCAAGGGCGGUCCAGCUGCCAAAAAUCCGAAGUACCUCAACUGCGUCGAGAACGGCUUGGGCCUCAGGGAGUGGCUGGAGAGCUUGGGGCACACUUACAUCACGACUGCGGACAAGGAGCCUCCGGAUUCGGAGCUUGACAAGAACCUGCCCGACACAAACAUCGUCAUAACGACUCCAUUCCACCCCGCCUAUAUGACUCGCGAGCGCAUCAUGAAGGCUCCAAAGCUGGAGCUUAUUCUGACAGCAGGCGUGGGCUCUGACCACAUUGACCUGCACGCUGCUGCCGACAAGGGCAUCACUGUGGCAGAGGUAACCGGCAGCAAUGUGGAGAGCGUGGCAGAGGACGAAGUCAUGCGAAUGCUCAUCCUUGUCAUCAACAACCAGUGGGACGUGCCGGCAGUGGCAGGGAAGGCCUAUGACAUCAAGGGGAAGACUGUGGGCACAGUGGGCGGCGGCCGCAUCUCCCACCAUGUCAUGAAACGCCUGGAGCCGUGGGAUGUGAAGCGGCUCUAUUAUGACCGCCACCAGAAGGCGGAUCGCUUUGAUAAGAUGGGCGUGGAGUGGGAGAAAGACCUCAACUCAUUCCUGUCAAAGUGUGACAUUGUCACCAUCAACGUGCCCCUCACCGACAGCACCAGGCAAGCUCCCAAGCUCCUUGUGUUCAACUCCAAUCUUUACACAGCAUACCCCACAUGUGAGCGCGACGAGGAGGUACUGCCUCGCAGGGGCAUGUUCAACAAGGAGACCAUCGGCAAGAUGAAGCGGGGCGCAUACCUCAUCAACAAUGCGCGCGGUGCAAUCGUUGAUCAAGACGCUGUUGUGGAAGCACUCAAGAGCGGCCAGCUGGGAGGCUAUGCUGGGGACGUGUGGCCACAGCAGCCGGCGCCCCCCAACCACCCGUGGCGCCACAUGCCCAACCAUGCAAUGACCCCCCACGUCUCUGGCACCACUCUGGAUGCCCAGGAGCGGUAUUCCAAAGGGGUGCGCGAGAUGCUGGAAGCCUGGUUUGAGCACAAGCCCUUCAAGGAGGAUUACUACAUUGUGCGCGAAGGGGAAUUGGCACCGCAGUACCGCUGA